AUGUUUCUAAAUGUUAUGGCCAAUGUACAGUGCAACCAAUUUUUUUUUUUUUUUGUUGUUCGGGGUACUGACAUUUUAGGAACAUUGCUACAUAUAUCAUUUUUCUCUUUUCUUUCUUUCCCCCCGCUCUUUUAUUCUCUUUUCUUUCUUUACCCCCGCUCUUUUAUUCUCUCCGCUUUCUUUCCCCCCGCUCUUUUAUUCUCUUUUCUUUCUUUCCCUCCGCUCUUUUAUUCUCUUUUCUUUCUUUCCCCCCGCUCUUUUAUUCUCUUUUCUUUCUUUCCCCCCCCGCUCUUUUAUUCUCUUUUCUUUUAUUCUUUCCCCCCCCUCUUUUAUUCACUCCGCUUUCAUUCCCCCCGCUCUUUUAUUCACUCCGCUUUCAUUCCCCCCGCUCUUUUAUUCUCUUUUCUUUCUUUCCCUCCGCUCUUUUAUUCUCUUUUUCUUUCCCCCGCUCUUUUAUUCUCUCCGAUUUCUUUCCCCCGCUCUUUUAUUCCCCAUGCCUACUUUCCCCCCCGCUUUUAUUCUCCCCUUUCUUUCCCCCCUCUCUUUCCCCCCCCUCUCGGCUUUCUUUCCCCCCUCUCGGCUUUCUUUCCCCCCUCUCGGCUUUCUUUCCCCCCCUCUCGGCUUUCUUUCACCCCUCUCUCAGCUUUCUUUCCCCCCUCUUUUAUUCUCUCCGCUUUCUUUCCCCCCCUCUCUUGGCUUUCUUUCCCCCCUCUCGGCUUUCUUUUCCCCCCUCUCUUUAUUUCUUUCCCCCCUCUCUUUUAUAGUCUCCGCUUUCUUUCCCCCCCCCUCUUUUAUAGUCUCCGCUUUCUUUCCCCCCUCUUUUAUUCUCUCCGCUUUCUUUCCCCCAAUCUUUUAUUCUCUUCGCUUUCUUUCCCCUCUUUUAUUCUCUCCCCCUUCUUUCCCCCCUCUCCUUUCUUUCCCCCCCUCUCCCUUUCUUUCCCCCCUCUCUUUAUAAUCUCCCUCUCGGCUUUCUUUCCCCCGCUCUUUUAUUCUCUCCCCCCCUUUUCUUUCCACCCUUUUUAUUCUCUCCCCUUUCUUUCCACCCCUCUUUUAUUCUCUUCCUUUUCUUUCCCCCCCCGCUUUUAUUCUCUUCUUUUCUUUCCCUACUACUCUUUUAUUCUCUCCCCUUUCUUUCCCCCCUCUCCCCCCUCUUUAUAUCUCCUCUUCUUUCCCCCUUUUUUAUUCUCUCCGUAUUCUUUCCACCCCACUCUUUAUUCUCUUCUUUUCCACCCCUUUUCCCCCCCACCCCCUCUUUUAUUCUCUUCGCUUUCUUUUCCCCCACUCUUUUAUUCUCUUCGCUUUCUUUCCCCACUACUCUUUUAUUCUCUCCGCUUUCUUUCCCCCUCUCUUUUAUAUAGUCUCCGCUUUCUUUCCCUCCUUUCUCUUUUUAUAGUCUCUGCUUUCUUUCCCCCUGCUCUUUUAUUCUCUCCGCUUUCUUUCCACCCCACUCUUUUAUUCUCUCCGCUUUCUUUCCCCCCUCUUUAUAGUCUCCGCUUUCUUUCCCCCGCUCUUUUUUCCACUCUCCGCUUUCUUUCCACCCCUCUUUUUAUUCUCUCCGCUUUCUUUCCACCCCACUCUUUUAUUCUCUCCGCUUUCUUUCCACCCCACUCUUUUAUUCUCUUCGCUUUCUUUCCACCCCACUCUUUUAUUCUCUUCGCUUUCUUUCCCCCCCACUCUUUUAUUCUCUUUGCUUUCUUUCCCCCUCUUUUAUUCCUUUUUCUUUCCCCCCUCUUUUUCUCUUUUUCUUUCCCCCCCUCCUCCCCCCUCUCCGCUUUCUUUCCCCCCCCUCUUUCUUUCCCCCCCUCUCGCUUUCUUUCCCCCUCUCGCUUUCUUCCCCCUCUUUUUAUACUCUCUUCCCCCCCCUGCUCUUUUAUAGUCUCAGCUCUCUUCCCCUGCUCUUUUAUAGUCUCAGCUCUCUUCCCCCCCUGCUCUUUUAUAGUCUCAGCUCUCUUUCCCCCCCUGCUCUUUUAUAGUCUCCACUCUCUUUCCCCCCGCUCUUCUGGUCACAUGUUGUAUGUUAGCUUCCCAUCUGUUGUACCCAAAUGGUCAGGUGGUAAGGUAAGUAUAGCAGUCCAAAUGCCACGCGUCUUUUUUUUUUUCUUGCGUCUCCCUAACCACGCGUCUCUCUUUUUCUUGCGUCUCCCUUUUUCUUGCGUCACCCUAACCACGCGUCUCUCUUUUUCCUGCGUCUCCCUAACCACGCGUCUCUCUUUUUUUUUUCGUCUCCCUAACCACGCGUCUCUCUUUUUUUUUGCGUCUCCCUAA